CGAAUCGCACGCCCCAAAAAAAUAUUUAACAAAAAGAGGAACACAAAAACGACAGAGCGCGCCUCCACUCACUCACACGCACACACGCACCAAAACACGCACUCAACUUCACACAAAACACCGCACAUUUCUCACUCAUAAUUCUCUCGUUCCAUUCAAUCAUCAUCAACUGCACCCCCCACUGCCCCAAAAACCCUAACUCGUUCCGCAGAGCCAUGGCUGCCGAGUCAACUCAGAUGCAGCAGGCCCAACUCGCCGCGAUUCUCGGCCAAGACCCUGCCCCCUUCGAAACCCUAAUCUCCCACCUCAUGUCCUCCUCCAACGAGCAACGAUCCCAGGCCGAGUCAAUCUUCAAUCUCAUCAAGCAGACCGAUCCCAACUCCCUGGCUCUCAAACUCGCUCAGCUUCUCUCUUCUUCUCGCCACGUCGAGGCCCGAGCCAUGUCCGCUAUUCUUCUCCGCAAGCAACUCACUCGGGACGACUCCUACAUCUGGCCCCGCCUCUCCCCCGCCACUCAAUCCGCCAUCAAGUCCGUGCUCCUGACAUCGAUUCAGAACGAGAAUUCUAAGAGCAUAAUUAAGAAGUUGUGCGACACGAUUUCCGAAUUGGCCUCGUCGAUUCUACCGGAUAACGAAUGGCCCGAGAUUUUGCCAUUCAUGUUUCAAUGCGUCACCUCCAGCGACGCGAAAUUGCAGGAGUCCGCCUUUUUGAUCUUCUCCCAACUCGCCCAGUACAUAGGGGACACGCUCGUUCCGUAUAUCAAGGACUUGCACGCCGUUUUUCUGCAGGUUUUGAAUCAUUCGGCCAGUUCGGAUGUGAGGAUUGCGGCGUUGAGCGCUGUGAUUAAUUUCAUCCAGUGCUUGAAUAGCGCUAGUGAUCGGGACAGGUUUCAGGAUUUACUCCCUGCCAUGAUGAGAACGUUGACCGAGGCUUUGAACGGGGCGCAGGAGGCUACUGCUCAAGAGGCGCUGGAGUUGUUGAUCGAGUUAGCUGGGACCGAGCCCAGGUUUUUGAGGAGGCAGUUGGUGGAUGUUGUGGGAUCCAUGUUGCAGAUUGCCGAAGCCGAGACCUUGGAAGAGGGUACGAGGCAUUUGGCGAUUGAAUUCGUGAUUACUUUGGCUGAGGCCAGGGAAAGAGCUCCGGGGAUGAUGAGGAAGUUGCCACAGUUUAUUAGCAGGUUGUUUGCCAUUUUGAUGAAGAUGCUGUUGGAUGUUGAGGACGAUCCAGCUUGGCACACCGCGGACGCAGAGAAUGAGGAUGCUGGGGAGACCAGUAACUAUAGCGUUGGACAGGAGUGUUUGGAUAGACUAUCAAUUGCGCUGGGUGGAAAUACUAUCGUCCCUGUUGCUUCUGAGCAGUUGCCGGUAUAUUUGGCUGCUCCUGAAUGGCAGAAGCAUCAUGCUGCACUUAUUGCUCUUGCCCAAAUUGCUGAGGGCUGCUCGAAGGUUAUGAUUAAGAAUUUGGGGGAUGUACUGAAUAUGGUCUUGAAUUCAUUCCAAGAUCCUCACCCUCGGGUGAGAUGGGCAGCUAUCAAUGCAAUUGGCCAGCUGUCAACUGAUUUAGGCCCAGAUUUGCAAGUUCAGUAUCAUCAACGUGUACUGCCUGCACUAGCAGCAGCCAUGGAUGAUUUCCAUAAUCCCAGAGUGCAGGCACAUGCUGCUUCAGCAGUGCUCAAUUUCAGUGAAAACUGCACUCCAGAAAUUUUAACACCUUACUUGGAUGGUAUUGUCAGUAAAUUGCUCGUACUUCUGCAGAAUGGAAAACAAAUGGUGCAAGAAGGGGCCUUAACGGCCUUAGCUUCAGUUGCUGAUUCAUCACAGGAGCAUUUCCAAAAAUACUAUGAUGCAGUCAUGCCUUACUUGAAAGCCAUAUUGGUUAAUGCCACCGACAAGUCAAAUCGCAUGCUUCGUGCCAAAGCCAUGGAGUGCAUAAGCUUAGUUGGGAUGGCUGUUGGAAAAGAGAAGUUUAGAGAUGAUGCUAAGCAGGUUAUGGAAGUGCUGAUGUCUCUGCAAGGAUCUCAAAUGGAGACCGAUGAUCCAACUACUAGCUACAUGCUUCAAGCAUGGGCCCGACUUUGCAAGUGCUUGGGGCAGGAUUUUCUUCCUUACAUGAGUGUAGUUAUGCCUCCUUUGCUUCAAUCAGCUCAACUUAAGCCUGAUGUGACCAUAACAUCUGCAGAUUCAGAUAACGAAAUUGAUGAAUCUGAUGAUGAAAGUAUGGAGACCAUUACCCUUGGGGACAAAAGGAUAGGGAUCAAGACUAGUGUCCUAGAGGAGAAAGCUACUGCUUGUAACAUGCUAUGUUGUUAUGCUGAUGAGCUGAAGGAAGGUUUCUAUCCGUGGAUUGAUCAGGUUGCUCCAACUUUAGUUCCGCUUCUAAAAUUUUAUUUUCAUGAGGAAGUCAGGAAAGCCGCUGUUUCAGCCAUGCCUGAGCUGUUGCGCUCUGCAAAAUUGGCUGUGGAGAAAGGGAUUGCUUCAGGUCGUAAUGAAACAUAUGUCAAACAGUUAUCUGACUAUAUAGUGCCAGCUUUGGUGGAGGCUUUGCAUAAGGAGCCUGAUACGGAAAUUUGUGCAAAUAUGUUGGAUGCACUGAAUGAAUGCCUCCAGAUUUCUGGACCCCUUCUUGAUGAAAACCAAGUCCGAAGCAUUGUGGAGGAGAUAAAACAGGUGAUCACGGCAAGCUCAAGUAGAAAAAGAGAACGAGCAGAGAGAGCUAAAGCUGAAGAUUUUGAUGCAGAAGAAGGAGAAUUGCUCAAGGAGGAGAACGAGCAAGAAGAGGAAGUGUUUGAUCAGAUUGGUGAAAUCUUGGGAACAAUGAUCAAGACAUUUAAGGCUUCUUUCUUGCCUUUCUUUGACGAGUUGACAUCAUAUUUAAUGCCUAUGUGGGGAAAGGAUAAAACUCCUGAAGAGAGAAGGAUAGCAAUUUGCAUCUUUGAUGAUGUUGCAGAACAGUGCCGUGAAGCAGCUUUGAAGUACUAUGACACACAUCUUCCGUUCCUUUUGGAAGCUUGUAAUGAUGAUAACUCAGAUGUUAGACAGGCUGCUGUUUAUGGACUUGGCGUAUGUGCAGAGUUUGGUGGCACUGUUUUCAAACCUCUUGUUGGAGAGGCUUUAUCAAGGUUAAAUGUGGUCAUACGGCAUCCUGAUGCCCAUCAGCCUGAUAAUGUGAUGGCAUACGACAAUGCUGUUUCUGCACUUGGGAAGAUAUGCCAGUUUCAUCGAGAUAGUAUCGACUCGGCUCAGGUUGUUCCUGCAUGGCUGAGCUGUUUGCCAAUAAAAGGGGAUCUAAUUGAAGCUAAAGUUGUUCACGAACAGCUUUGUUCAAUGGUUGAAAGAUCAGACAGGGAACUUCUAGGUCCCAACAAUCAAUAUUUGCCUAAAAUUGUUUCAGUGUUCGCUGAGGUUCUCUGUGCGGGGAAGGACCUUGCUACAGAGCAAACUGCAAGUAGAAUGGUUAAUUUAUUGAGGCAGCUUCAACAGACGCUGCCUCCUUCCGACCUGGCAUCAACUUGGUCAUCUUUGCAGCCUCAGCAGCAGCUAGCUUUGCAAUCCAUCCUGUCAUCAUAGCAAGUUGGCUGACAGUAGAACUAUUGUUCAUGGCUUUGGGGUUGCCUUGUGUCAAAUCAUAUUUUUCCUCAAUUCUUUGCAUGCCAUAAAUGUUCAACCGCAUUCAAUUUUGCAUGAAAUUAUGCAUCGACCUCAUGUUGGUUGCCUGGUCAGAGUGUGAAGCUAUGCGAGUAAAGUACAGACCUUUUUCCUGUAGAAUGUGUAUAUCGAGUGUUACAGUUUGACUUGGUAGGAGGGGAGGUUUGGUCAUUGUGGCUUGAGAUUUUGUUUUAAGCAGGGGAUGUAAGAAUUGUCAGUAUGACAAUUCUUGUCACAGUUUUGGUCGGGUCCACUUGUUCUUCAUGUUGUUGAUUGUCAAUCAAAUACAUGGAAUUCAUUAUAAAUGGUUAUAUUCUUUUGUUGUUUUGAUAUCAAUCCAAUCGUAUUGUGUACCA